AGAAGUUAAUCAGAACAGAAAAAAACGGUCUCAGGGCGUUAACCUGCAGUUAGAUGAUCGGUUUUAUCUGGAUGUCUUCUCUCUGUGAUGGUUCUUUGUAGAGGAACUGUCACAAAGUCAAAGGUCAACUAAACAAUUCAAACUAUUGAAUUGUUGGUGUUGAUCCGACUCUCACUGGUGCUGUGGGUUUCAGUUUGGCAGCCUGCCUUCUUCCUGGUUCCUGGUAGAGAGAAGAGUCCGCAGACGCAUUCAGCAACGUUCACCUUUCUGCGACCUUCAGAGACCAUGGGCGUUAAGGGAAUGAAGACUCUGGUUGCAGAGUCAGAUACUUUGGAGGAUGUUGGCUUCAAGGACAGCGCCGUCAUCAUUGACGGUCCAAAUCUCUACUAUUCUCUGUAUUUUAACUCUGAGCCAAAGUUGGACCAGCAACACGGAGGAGAUUACUCUGCAUUCAGUGGUCUGGUCUGUCGGUUCUUCAGCAGCCUGAGGAGCUGCAACAUCAAACCGCUGGUCGUUCUGGAUGGAGGCGCAGAACCUGUGAAGAACAAAACUGUUGGAAAUCGUCUGAAAGACAAACUUCAGAAAGCAAAGAGACUUUCAGAGUCCAGGGCCGGCGAGUGGGACAACAUCUUGCCUCCUCUGGUCAAAGACGUCUUCAUCCAGGUCCUUCAGGAGCUGCAGGUGGAGAUCCAGCAGUGUUUCGGAGAGGCAGACCUGACAGCCGCUCUGAGGGCCAAUGAGAGGAAAUGCCCCGUUCUGUCCAACGACUCAGAUUUUUACAUCUUUGAUGUGCAGGAAGGGUUUCUUUCAAUUGAUGGAUUCCAGUGGGAGUCUGUGACACAAGGAGCCAUUCCUGCUCGGCGCUACAGAAUCUCACAGUUUUGUAGAUGUUUUAAUGUCGACGAGAAGCACAUGCCUGUCUUUGCUGCUUUAUCAGGAAAUGAUUACUCACAGUUGGAAAAAGAAGACAUCAAAAGGUUAAUCAGUAGAUAUCCUGAAGCUCAGCAGCCAGGAGGAUCCUCUACCUGUCGACAGCGAGCCAUCCUCAGGCUUUUAGGAGAUUUCAGGGGGAAGAUGCCUGAAGAGGCUGUGACAGCAGCUCUGCAGCUGGCUGGCAGAUCUAAGCAGGAGGACAUCAAACUUUUCCUGAAUUCAGCUCAACAAUAUGCCUUAAAGGAGCCACCUCGUCCCAACCUGCCUCAGUGGGUCAUCCAGGAAAUUCAGAGAGGAAGACUGACCUCCUUUGUCACAUCUGUUGUGAUCCAGAAGUCAAUGACCUUGACUCCACUGGUGGAGGACUUCUCCCAGCCCAGCAGCUACAGUGCGUCCCUCCGGAUCCGACAGUUCUUUUACGGACUGUUGCUAGGAUCGGAGCCAUGCACGGAAUAUGACCGGGAGGGCGCUGAAGAUAUGCGUCCUAAACAGGUCACCCCUGUCCAAGCAGGUGUGACACCAGAGGAGCUGCAGAAACUGGAGCUGGAACAUCUGAAUGAGGCUCCUGAGGAUCUACGCCACACCGUCUUGUAUGAAGCUCUGGGAUGUUCAGGCUUGGACCUUGAACACAUCCCGGACCAGCUGAAGCUGACACUCUGUGUGACCCGGUUCUGGUUCUGGUACCAGAACCGCCAGCAGAACCCCUUAGAAGGGUUCAACAUGUCCUGCCUCCAGGCCCUGGUCCUCGGAUUCCUGCAAGGAAACACUGAUGGAGGCAGUGCGGUCCGGUCCAGCCCGGGUGUGGUGGCUGCUCGGCGCCCCCUGCAGGCCGGUGCUGCUCAUGCUUUCAGCCGCUGGUUGACCUGCCUGAGGCAGAGCCUCCACCUCAACCAGCUGCUGCGCUUCCCUCUGCCGGAGCCGCAGUGCUGCAGGCUGUACUGCGGUCCAUGGCUCCACCAGCUGCAGAACCAGCUGCUGACCGACUCCAACGCUUUCAGAGAGAGUAGGGAGCGGCUGCAGGACGGCGAGAGAGAGCUGCUGGACAGAGCCCUGACGGUCAUCCAGUCUGCUGGACAGGAAGCUGAUGAGGAACUGGCUAGGGGGCGGGGCCAGUUCAUGGGGCGGGGCCAGUUCAUGGGGCGGGGCCCCAGCAGGCAGAAAGUGGGUGUGGCCUUACGGGAUGUUGGACAGGUGCAGCGUCGCUGACGGAGGGAAGAUGUUGUUGAAGUUCUUCGAGCCGGGCUUCUUGAAGCGGUGGAGGGCGGAGCCUGAGAAGUCC